AUGCCGUCCCCAACACCAGACAAAGUAACAAAGCUCAAGGCCAAACGGCCCUCGCGACGCGUCCGGCCGAGCAGGGUGAAAAGCUUGCCGCUAGUUGAACGUACCAAUGCCCUCACCAUCGAGGAGUUCAUCUCCCAUUACGUGGGCCCAUCCGCCAACACACCGGCAGCAUCAAAUGCGACGCGUCCAUCACCGCCCUCAGACGUGUACUCCGCCGCGAACAUCUCGAGACGCAAUCUAGAAGCAUGUCUCGACCUAGUCGAGCAAACCUCCGGCGCGGCCUACGCCGCGUCUAGCAUGGGCUGGUCCCGCAGCAAGAAGCGGCAGGAGAUGCAGCUUCCCGAUAUGAAGUUUAUAAUCAUAAGAGGAAAGGGAGCAGACACCGCCGCAUCCCCGAAUAACAACGACAAUGAUGCCGAUAAUGAUCAACCGUCUGCAACUGCCAAGGGUGAUCCGGUGCUAGGAUUUCUAUCAUUUAUGGUCACGUACGAGGACGGGAAAGAGGUUGUUUACUGCUACGAGAUCCACUUGUCGCCCGCAGCGCGAGGACGGGGGCUCGGGAGGGAGCUGAUGGAGCGCAUGGAGCGGAUUGGGCGCGCGGUUGGGGUGGAGAAGGCUAUGUUGACGGUUUUCGAGUCGAACGAGACGGCUUGUCGGUUUUAUUACCGGCUUGGAUACGAAAUUGAUGAGUACUCGCCUCAACCGCGCAGGUUGCGGAACGGGACGAUCAAGGCGGACUAUUUGAUUCUGUCCAAGAGGUUGAAGAAGUGA